AUGGAAUUUAUUCAACAAAUUUCUGCGGACGGAAAGCAAUUUCCGGAGUUCAAAGGCAAGGUGAUCAAACACGGCGAUGCUGACUACGAGGCUCAAAGCUAUCAAUAUGCUUCAAGCUCAUAUUUGAAUGAGGGCAUCAUUCAACCGGCGGUUAUUAUAAAGGCAGCAGACGACAGUGAUGUAAUCAAAGCCAUCAAAUACGCAAGAGGCAAAAAAAUCGCUGUGGCCGUGCGCACAGGAGGGCAUCAAUUUAGCGGCGCGUCAUCUACAAAUGGAAAAAACAUUCAGCUAGAUUUAUCCCAGACAUAUAAGGAUUUUAAAUGGGACGAUGAGGAUUACACAAUGGUGACAUUCGGUAUUAGCAUCACAUUGGGUGAGUUCAAUGCCAAACUUAGGGAAAAAAAUCGAUUUGUGCCACAUGGCCAAUGUCAGUACGUCAAUAUGGGUGGACAUAUUCAAACUGGAGGAUACGGUCAGUUAGGCAGAAGUUUCGGGCUCCUCUCUGAUCAUGUCAUAAAAUUCCGCUUUAUUACUGCUAAUGGUCAAGUGCAGUGGGUUCGUCGCAAUAUUGACAAGGACAAAGAUUUGUUUUUCGCAGUAUUGGGUGGUAGUCCUGGAAAUUUUGGGGUGCUUACUCAUGUCACACUUGAUGUCUAUAGAGACGAAGACUAUCCAAACUCUCGAGGUCUCAAAGCCGUAUACCCAUACAGCCGCCAGCGUCUCAAGGCCUUGUUGGAUAUUAUGGUGGAAAUGGUCGAAGAUGAAAAUUUUCCAGCUGAUUAUGACUAUUGUGUCACAGUGAUUGAUGAGCCGAAGCUUAAUACUAAGGAAUUAACUUAUGAUAUGAUAUAUAAUCAUGGCUCAUCAUUGGAUGGUUUUCCCCCGCUGAUUUUUGUUUUUGUGCAGUGGGCCAAUCUACAAGGAUAUCAGCAAAACUACAACUCAACCUUCAUCGAUAAAAUUCAGCAGGUUGCCGGCAAAGGGUUAAUUCAAUUCAGUGACAAAGAACACAUACCAAUGUCUACUUUGACCGGUCAUUGGAUUUUUACAAUCAAUCGGGAGUUUAAAUAUCCGUACAUCAAGCGUGUAUAUGCGUCCAAUUCCAGUGCCCAGAGGCUCAAGAAGUUCGGGUGGACGGACUGGGUUACUGGUCGAAUCGAAGAUGGGGCAAAGCGGAAUUUAAAGUUGACUGCACAAUUUCAACAUUUUGGUGGUAUCAACUCAAGAUUUUAUCAAAACGGAAAGAACAGUCCCACAUCAUUCAGUUGGCGAGAUUCGCGCAUUGUUAACGGGCUGGAUGCAUAUUAUCAUGCUUUUCUUCAUAAGCAGGCAAUAAAGUGGCAGCAAGGAAACGAAGAAGAGGUUGGAAAUCCGGAGUCCCCAUUUUGCGAACAAGACCAUCGCUUUUUGUGGGGUUCUUUCGAUUUGGACUUGAGUGCUGCUCAGCAGUAUUAUUACGACCAACAACCAGAAGGAAAGUAUGAUCGACUGUGCAACAUCAAGAAACAUUAUGAUCCAUUGGGAGUGUUCACUCCAAACCGAUUUUGUAUCUGCCUCCCGCCUCUGGAAAUGCAAUCUUCGCAGACCACAAAGAGAGAAGUAGACGCUAUGAAACUCAAGAAAGGUAAUUCUGCAGACAAAUGGUGA